CAAUAGAAGACAAAGCACUGUUUGGAGUGAUCGGAUUGUAACCAAUGGUCCUACUGUUACCGCCUGAGCGACCGACCCCUUAUAUGCUGUGGGGGAAGGAAUCGAUGCCAUUGACUGGACGGGAACGCCAUCUUGGAAAGUAUCCUCCAUUGCCAACUAUUGCACGUCCAGUCCUUUUUAAAUGUUUUAUUUCCCCAUCACAUUUUCUAUUUCUUUGUGUUUGGGAGCCAUUACUGCUGUCGGACUACCGGAAAGAUAUUCAUGCUGGACACUCGGCGUUGGGAAAUUUGUCGGUGGUGUUCAGCUACAUGUGCGCUGCUGUUGCGAUAGUCUAGCUGCCUGAAAAACCUGGAAUGGGCCACAAAUAUCACACCCCAGAACAGACUUUUUUUUAAAUCUGAGCUCUGGUGUCCGGACUACCAACAAAUAGGAAAAUAUGUUUUGGAAAUUUGACCUCCAUGCCACAUCACACAUUGACACUCUGCUGGAGAGGGACGAUGUAAGACUAACAGAUAUAAUGGAUGAGGAAGAUGUUCUGCAAGAGUGCAAAGCCCAAAACCACAAACUAGUUGACUUCCUCCUGAGACCAGAGUGCAUGGAAGACCUUGUCACCUUCAUCACGGAGGAACCAAGUGCCGAUGUUGAGGAAGACAUUAAAUACAAGUAUCCCAACAUAUCAUGUGAGCUGCUUACAUCAGAUGUGAGCCAAAUUAACGACAGAUUAGUGGAAGAUGAAAAUCUCCUGAUGAAAUUGUAUAGCUUUCUUGAAAAUGAGCCACCUCUUAAUCCUCUUCUGGCCAGCUUCUUCUCCAAGGUCCUGUCUAUUCUUGUAGGACGCAAACCUGAACAGAUCGUGGAGUUUCUCCGGAAGAGGGAGGAUUUUGUAGACCUGAUGAUCAAACACAUAGGGACAUCAGCCAUUAUGGACUUGCUUCUCAGAAUGCUCACCUGCAUUGAACCACAGGUGCUGCGACAGGAUGUUCUUAAUUGGCUAAAUCAGGAAAAUAUAAUUCAGAGGCUUGUGGACAUGGUACAACCCUCUCAGGAUGAGGAUAGACACUCCAACGCCUCACAGUCACUGUGCGAGAUCAUUAGACUGAGCAGAGACCAGAUGUUCCAGGUCCAGGGAUGCCCACAGCCAGAUCCAUUACUGGCUACACUUGAAAAGCAGACCACAGUGGAGAAGCUGCUGUCUCAUAUCUUCGAUAAGGAGAAGAAUGAAUCUGCAAUUGUCAGUGUUAUCCAGAUCCUUCUUACGUUGUUUGAGACAAGACGACCAGCGUUUGAGGGCCAUAUGGAAUGCUCCCCUAGCAUGUCCCACCCUUCAUUCUCAGUCAACCAUAGCAUCUUGGAGGCUGUGAGACCACGACUUAAAGAUUUUCAUCAACUACUGCUGGAUCCCCCGAAGAAUGACAUGAUGAGGACAACGUGGGGAGUGCUUGAUCCUCCUGUGGGUAACACUCGGCUCCAUGUGGUCAGACUAGUGGUCAGUCUGUUGCAAACCAACAAUCCCUGUAUCAGUAAAGAGCUCAUUCACCGCAACACCCUGGGAGUAAUACUUGAUAUGUAUUUCAGAUACAUCUGGAACAACUUCCUCCACAUUCAGGUGGAAAUCUGUACAGCUGUGAUUUUGGUCAUGCCUCCUUUUACCACUGACGUCCAGCUAGACACAGAACAGGAAAAUGCCAGAGAGAGCAUCCUCGUCAGAGAUUUGUUUCAAAAAUGCCAUUUCAUACAGAGAAUCGUGGAAGCUUGGAACACUAAUGAAAAGGAGCAGGCAGAAGGUGGCCGACGGCGAGGCUACAUGGGUCAUCUCACCAGAAUAGCUAAUUCAAUAAUUCACAACUGUGACAAAGGGCCUAAUGGAUUGCAGAUACAACAGCUCAUCUCUGAGUUAAAAGUGGAGGACAGAGAAAAAUGGGAGGCCUUCAUAUCUGGGCAGCUGGCUGACACAAACAAGAGAAACACUGUUGACCUGGUGAACACACACCAGAUCCAAUCCUCAACUGAUGAUGAGGUUGACUUUAAAGAUAGCAGCUUUCACCAUGACUCGUCUCUACAACAAGCGUUUUCUGAUUAUCAGAUGCAACAAAUGACGUCCAAUUUUAUUGAGCAGUUUGGCUUCAAUGACGAAGAGUUUGCGGAUCCGGAUGAUGUUUUGGAUAUUCCCUUUGACAGAAUAUCAGACAUCAGUUUUUCACUGAAUACAAAUGAAAGUGUGAAAGUAGCAAUGUUUGAAGCACGCUGUAGGGAGAAAAUCCAGCAGUUUGAGGAUGCUGGUUCAGAUGAUGAGGAUAUCUGGGAUGAAAAAGAUGUCACCUUUGCACCAGAGGCACAGAGGCGCCCCAGGAGUGCAGGGAGCACAGACAGCGAGGACAGCACUGACUCGGAGGAAGAGGAUUCCAAGAAAGAUACAUUUGAAGCGUCGAAUCCCAGCACUGAAGACAUUAUGGAAGUUGAAACAGACACAGCAUGGAGCAACUAUUGUGCUCCAAAUUCCAACUCUGAGACAGGCUGGGCUGAUUUCUCCAACUUCUCCCCCACCAGCCCCAAUGACCCACUAAUGUGCAACUCUCCCGUUGCUAUGGAAACCAACAUAGAGAAGCUGGAUCCGCUGGGCGUCAUUGGACCAUUAUAUUCAGAGGAAAGUCAUGGCUGGUUGAGUCCUGGUAUUUCUUCUUCCUCCUCUGUCACUUCUAAGAGUUGUGCAAGAUCUAAAAUGGCGGAUGAAACUACCUGCAAUGUGCAACGCAGUAUUACAGAUACAGUCGUUAAUGGCUCCAUAAAAGAGACUUUCAGCCUCACUGUUGAUGCAAAGACGGAGACAGCUGUCUUCAAGAGAGUGUUGAAAUCAUAUCGCAGUGAGAAGUGCAAGUACACAUUGGAAUUCCCCAAUGGCACUCAAGAGGAAAUGUCAAGCAUAGAUGAUGCCAAAUAGCUGCGUUUAGGCUCCGGCACGCCCGCGACCCGAGUGAGGAAAAGCGGCACAGAAAAGGGGGAGGGGUUUGUCCUGCCUACACAACUGGAGCCAUCAGUGUAAAAGCACAGCGCCUAAUGGUUAAUGCAGGAAAUCGCCCAUCAACACUGUCUCUGCAUGGGUUGCUGUUCAUUCAAGCAGAGCACACCUAUUUUUUGGAUGUGUGUGGAUGGUGACGUCAGGUGGACCAAUACGCUAAAAACGCAACACUUUUAUUUUUGCUCCCUAGAUCUAAAAACCUUUUCUCCAUACACAAAAGGCCAUUUCCCUCAAGUAUUGUUCACAAAUCUGUCUAAAUCUCUGUCAGUGAGCAUUUGUCCUUUGUCGAGAUAAUCCAUCCCACCUCACAGCUGCUGCAACAAGCGGUUUUGCAUAACCAAAGAAUUCCUGCACCAACUGUCAGAAACCAUCUCAGGGAAGCUCAUCUGCAUGCUCGUCGUCCUCGUCGGCGUCGCGACCUGACUGCAGUUCGUCGUCGUCGCGUCUGGCACGUUGGAGAGGUGUUCUCUUCACGGGGGAAUCCCGGUUUUCAGUGUUCAAGGCAGAUGGCAGAGAGCGGGUGUGUGGCGCCGUGUGGGUGAGCGGUGUGCGGAUGUCAACGUUGUGGAUCGAGUGGCCCAUGGUGGCGAUGGGGUUAUGGUAUGUUAGGGGCAAUGAACACAGGUGCAUUUUGAAUGCACAGAGAGAUGCCGUGAUGAGAUCCUGAGGCCGAUUGUUGUGCCAGCAUCUCGAUGUGCCACACCUCUGAGGUGGGGAUGGAUUAUCUCGACAAAGGAGAAAUGCUCCCUAACACAGAUUUCGACAGAUUUGUGAACAAUAUUUGAGGGGAGUGGGCCUUUCGUGGAUGAAGAAAAAGUUUUAGAUCUUUGAGACCAGCUCACGAAAAAUGGGAGCAAAAACAAAAGUGUUAUAUUUUUGUUCGGUGUAGCACCAGCGCCUCACUAAAGUGUCAGUAACUAUUAUUGAAUUGCAUAAGUGAAAUUGUUCAAUUUAUAUAAAUAGUAAAAUGUAAAAAUUGCUCGCUACUUCGUCAAUUAACAUCUGGGGUGCGCGGUUCCUGUGACGUAACCCCCUGGAUAAACGAGGGAUUACUGUACUGCUGCAUACCGGACCAAGUAGGUACUGUACCUUAGUUUGUUGUAUAAUCUGAUACUGUACCUCUCAAUGUGCAGUCAUUGUACAAAUAUGACUAGCAUAGUAUAACUAUUUUGAUUAAUUUCCAUGUACCAAUAUGAAUCAUCUUCAAUAUAUAACAAACAAGUACCCCAUAUAACAUAAAUGAGACGCCGAUAGAUUUCUUUGAAAAUGUUUCAUUUCAAAAUCAAUAUUGUCCAUGGUAUAUUAUACUACAAAAUACUCUAUGUGAGCCAAUGUGCAUACACAAAGUGUACUUUGUGUUAAAAUGAUUUUUUCAAAAAUGUUCCAACCUACCUUGCUUUCUUCCUUUCUCCUGAUUU